AUGACUGACUUUGUUCCAUUACCUCAAGGUGCUGGAUAUGCAAUUGUUGUUGGUUUAGGUGCUGUAUUUGCAAUUGGAAUGGUUGUAACAACUUUUGCUUUAAAAAGAUAUCAAAAAGAAAUUCAAACAUCAGAAGAAUUUGCAAACGCUGGUCGUAGUGUAAAAUCUGGUUUAAUAUCUGCUGCUGUUGUUUCAAGUUGGACAUGGUCUGCUACUUUAUUGACUUCAACUGCUCAAGUUUAUAAAAAUGGUAUAGCUGGAUCUGUAUUUUAUGCAUUUGGAGCUACUGUUCAAAUUAUAUUAUUCAGUGUUGUAGCUAUUCGAGCUCGUCAAAGAGCUCCAAAUGCUCAUACAUACUUGGAAAUUGUUAAAGCAAGAUAUGGUACAACUACUCAUUUUGUUUAUAUAUUUUUUGGAUUAGUUACAAAUAUAUUAGUGACUGCAAUGUUACUUGCUGGUGGAUCAGCUGCUGUUCAAGAUUUAACUGGAAUGCAUCCUGUUGCUGCUUGUUUACUUUUACCUUUGGGGGUUGUGAUUUAUACAUUAUUCGGUGGUAUAAAAGCUACUUUUUUAACUGAUUAUGUUCAUACAGUGAUCUUAGUUGUUAUUAUAAUGAUUUUUGGCUUUACAGCUUUUGUUACAUCUUCAAAAUUAGGAUCGCCUGGAGCUGUUUGGGAUUUGGUAACCAAGUUGGCCGCAACACGCCCAGUGGACGGGAAUUCGCACGGAUCUUAUUUAACGAUGAAGUCAAAAUCGGGCGGAAUCUUUUUUGUGUAAGUUUUCUAAAAAUUGAUUUUUAUCAAAUAUUUUCAACAACAAGUACUAACUACUUCUUAAGAUGCAACUUGGUAGGCAAUUUUGGAACAGUCUUCCUUGAUAAUGGAUAUUUUAAUAAAUCUUUCUCUGCAAAGGCAGAUUGUCUAGGAGGAAAUAAAUUACAUGGUUGGGGAUAUAUUAAAGGUGGACUUGCAUGGCUUCCAGUGCCUUGUUUUACAUCUUUGGUUAUGGGAUUGAGUGCUUUGGCCUUAGAAAAUACAGAAUAUUGGCCAUUAGGAAGACCAAUGACUGCUGAUGAAGUUUCAAGUGGAUUAGUCUUACCAAAUGCUGCAAGUGCUUUAUUAGGAAAAGGAGGUGCAGUUUUAGCUUUACUUAUGGUAUUUAUGGCAGUAACAAGUGCAAUGAGUGCUGAAUUAAUUGCUGUUUCAACGAUUGGAACUUAUGAUAUUUAUAGAACUUACAUUAAUCCAAAUGCCCUGGGGAAAAAAUUGAUUGUAGUUUCACAUACAACAGUUGUGUUAUUUGCUUAUAUAUUAGCUGGUUUUGCAAUUGGAUUACAUUAUGCUAAUGUUUCAAUGGGUUAUUUAUAUGAAAUGAUGGGUGUUAUAAUUGGUGGUGCUGUUUUACCAUCAACAUUAACUGUUUUAUCUUCACGUCAAAAUUGGGCUGCAGCUACAUUUACACCGCCAAUUGCUACAGGGUUAGCAAUAAUGUCAUGGCUAGUUUGCACUAAGUCUGAAGCCGGUAGUGUUACAUAUUUGAAUACGUUUUUGGAUAAUCCAAUGGUAACUGGUAAUUGUGUUGCUUUACUUGCUCCAAUUGUUUUUACAAUUUUAUUUACAUUGAUUUUCAAGCCACAAAAUUUUGAUUGGAAAAUAUUGAAUGAAAAAAUUACAAGAGUUGAUGAAGAAGAAGAAAUUGAUAAGGCAUUGAAUUUAAAUACUUCAAAUGAUGAUGAUGAAAAAAUGAGUCCAAUCAAGUCUACAUUUUCAGUUAUUGCAAGUCAAGUAAUUGAUCAAGAUAGUAAUGAAAGAAUUCAAUAUACAAAUGAACAAAUAUUAUUACAGAAUGCAUUCAAAGUAUGUUCAAUAGUUUGUGUUACAUUGACUAUAUGUUUAAUUGUUUUAUUCCCAAUGCCAAUGUAUGGUACUGGUUAUGUAUUUUCAAAGAAGUUCUUUACAGGUUGGGUAGCUGUAUUCUUCAUUUGGUUAUGGUAUACAGCUUAUCAAGUUAUAGUAGCUCCAAUAAUUGAAAGUAGAGAAGGUAUUUAUACUACAGCAAGAGGCAUUUAUUGGGAUUUGACAGGUCAAAGUUAUAAAUUAAGACAAUGGCAAGAAGAACAUCCUGAAAAAUUACAUGUCAUUCAAUCGCAAAUUCAAGCACAAUUAUCUAAUCAAAUUCAUGUUGUUGAUGGAAAAAUUGUUGGAAAUGAUGGUUAUACAACUCCAACUAAUAUAGAUGAAGCUUUAGAUGAGAAGAAGUAG